CUGUUAGAUGCAGUGGAGUGAAGACCCAGCCAGACUCAAUGUCCCAGAAUGCACGCAAAGCAAUGCCACGUAACCUGGGAACGCCCACCGACACCCCGCCAAGUACUCUCUUGACGAACAGCAAAGGUCUCAACCCCAGUCCAAAGAGGGCCGUUCGAGACCCUAAAACAGGACGAGCAGUCCAGGAAAGAAACUUGUAUGCUGUCAGUGUGUGGAAGAGAGUUAAAGCCAAGCUGGAGGGCAGAGAUAUCGAUCCCAACAGGAGAAUGAGUGUCACCGAGCAGGUGGACGUUGUCAUCAAAGAGGCUACCAACAUGGACAACCUGGCCCAGUUGUAUGAGGGCUGGACAGCCUGGGUGUGAGCACUGCGCCGCUUCAUGUCUUUGGUCCAGCGAAGGCUUGGAGAUCCACCAAAGUCCUGCGGGGCUUGGGUGUCGAAGAACAGCACCGGGCCACCCAAGGAGGAGGAAACGGGAGGCGGAUGCUUCGUCCGCCCUUCCAAACUCCUGGGCAACCAAACUGGGGCAGCAACCUGAUGGCAUCGCUGCAACCACACUCCCCCACAACCACCGGCGAGCAGGACUUGGUUCUUAGUGGGCCUGCAGACCCACCUUCCUUUUCAGGGUUUGGUUGGGCAAAAACCAGUGCCGGAAGUGGGGAGAGGGGGGAAGGAGGGAAAAGGCCUCCUCACCGUUCAACUUGGACAACCUUCCCCCCUUACCUGCGAAGCUCGUGUACCUAAACGCAUCACUGCAUCCGUCUGAAGGCAGGACGAAGACGUGAGCUGUUUGCCUCUGAAGUGGUCUUCAGGGAGGACUGGACCAGGGUCCAGUCUCAGAUGGACAGACUUUUCCAUGGGCACUCUUUAUUUUCACCUUUCCGUUCUGUGACAUGUGGUUCUGAUUGGCCAGAGGACGAGACGAGGGGCAUGAAGGCUGAACACAAAAGAUGAUCAGGACUCUUGGAACACCGGGGACACAGAACGUGCUCCAGUUAGAUCCCGUGAUCUGAAU